GGAAUUUAUACCAGUGAACCAUUGAACGGCGAAAAUCUGGAUUUUUGUACAAAAACAGGCAAUUUCGCCUACACCAUCAGCAAUAACCUGUUUAUAUCCAGAUCUAACGGAGAUUCUUCAGUUGUGACCGAUUUUAAGGAUAAAAAUAUUGUAGCAGGACAAUCGAUAGCCCGAAAUGAAUUUGGAAUCCAAAAAGGUACCUUCUGGUCACCUGAUGGAAAAAUGCUUGCUUUUUAUCAGAAAAAUGAGAGUGAUGUAACAGAUUAUCCAUUAGUAGAUAUUACUACAACACCUGCUACGCUGAUGUCAAUAAAGUAUCCGAUGGCCGGAAUGUUGAGCGAAAUCCCUUCAGUUGGAGUGUAUGACCUUACUGGAAAUUCAUUGAUAUAUCUGAAAACCAUUGAAGAUGAUCAUUAUCUCACUAAUCUUACCUGGGAUCCUUCAGGACAGUUCAUUUACAUAGCCGAGAUAAACAGGGCACAGGACAAUUUCUGGUUUAACAAAUAUGAUGUUAAAACCGGAGAAAAAGUCAAAACUUUGUUUGAGGAACAUAAUGACAGAUAUGCCGAACCUACUGAUGUAGCAUGGUUUAUUCCUGGGAGGGAAAAUGAGUUUCUAUGGUUUAGUUACAGGAAUGGUUUUAAGCACUUAUACCAUUAUAAUACUGAUGGUAAACUGCUGAAUCAGGUCACUGACGGCUUGUUCCCGGUUAAUGCCAUUUUAGGAACUGAUAAAUCAGCUUAUGAUGAAUCCGGACUGAAUGAUGGUCUGUAUUUGGUGUCCCUUGAUAAGUUGAAAAUGCAGAAGCUGAAUUCAGAACCCGGAGUUCAUACUUUCGUGCCCAGUAAAAGCGGAAAAUAUUUGAUAGACACAUAUUCAAAUCUGACAACACCAAAAAAAAUUAAUAUAACAGAUCAUAAAUCCAAUAUUGUUCAGAAUCUGCUAGUUUCUAAAAAUCCUGUGGAUUCAGUUAAAAUUGGAGAAACUGAAAUACUGAGUAUUUUAGCCGGAGAUAGUAAAACUUUGCUAAAUGGCCGGAUCAUAAAACCUUUUGAUUUUAACCCGGCUAAAAAAUAUAAAGUAUUUGUUUAUGUUUAUGGAGGUCCAAAAUUGCAGAUGGUAAGAAAUGGCUGGCUUGCAUAUUCUUCUUUGUGGAUGUAUGCACUUGCAAAUAAUGGAUAUGUAGUUUUUGUGCUUGAUAACAGGGGAUCUGAAAACAGGGGUUUUGAGUUUGAAAGCACAAUACACAGAAAUCUCGGGGUAAAUGAAACCGAAGAUCAGAUGCAGGGAGUAAAAUAUCUUAAAUCUCUUCCUUAUAUACUACAAAAAUGGCUGUACACGGCUGGUCUUAUGGAGGAUUUU